AUGUCCCUUGACUUUGAAAAUAUGAAGCAGUAUCCUUGCUUCCCUGUCCUACACCGAGACCAGCGUGCGCCCGAAGAAACGAAGACUGCAACGUGCUCGAAGCGUGGAGAAACUGGCCAUAGCAUCAACACCUGCGAUGGCGAUGACAAUUCGUAUCAACUAGAGAACCUUCGAAGUAUACGAACGCUAAAGGAAGAUAACGAGAGUUCUAGCUAA